AUGUCGUCGACUACCAACCGUACAAAACACACCCCCGGGCCACACACAGCCUCGGCAUUGGCGGCAGACCACACACUUACCACGGGAGCCGCCAUGCCCAGGCUAAUGUACGGCACGGCGUGGAAGAAGGAACACACAGCAGACCUGGUGUUCGAGGCCCUCCAGGUCGGCUUCCGCGGAAUCGAUACGGCGGCUCAGCCUCGCCACUACCGCGAGGAUCUGGUCGGGGAGGGUGUCCGGCGCGCCGUGGCCGCAGGCAUCGUCUCACGCGCCGACCUAUUUCUGCAGACCAAGUACUCACCCCCGCCCGCGCAGGACGUCUCCAACAUGCCCUACGACGCGAGUCUGUCAGUGACGGAGCAGGUUCGCGCGUCGGUCGCGUCGUCGCUGCGCAACCUGGCUGCCACCACCGACUCGUCAGACGAUGAGCCCUAUAUUGACUGCCUAGUGCUGCACUCGCCGCUCGACACCCCCGCCGCCACUGCCGAGGCAUGGGCCGCCAUGGCUUCGUUUGUGCCGCACAAGGUGCGCGCCCUGGGCAUCAGCAACGCGAGCAUGGCGGACGUGGAGAUGCUGCUUGACGGCCCGAUGCCUACGCCCACGACGACGCCGAUUCCGCCGGCUGUGGUGCAGAACCGCUUCUACCCGGGCAACCGCUACGAGGUUCCACUGCGGGCCCUGUGUGCGUCCAGGGGCGUCGUGUUUCAGGCCUUUUGGACGCUCAGCGGCGACGGCGGGAGGUUGAGGCAGCGGGCAGGCUGCGUGAAGCGGGUCGCGGAGGCGUGUGGCGUCGAUCCGGCCGUUGCGCAGUAUGCGCUCGUCCUGGGCCUUGGUGGGAUUAGCAUCUUGGACGGCACGACGGAUCGCUCGCAUAUGGUGGCGGACUUGGAGGGGAUCGAUCGGGUGGGAAGGUGGAUUGCGGAGGAUGAAGGGAAAAAGGCUUGGGAGGAGUGUUUGGUAGAGUUUAGGGGCAUUAUUGAGGGCUAA